AGAAAGUAGUUCCGCAGAGUGAGGGACUAGGGAGAUCACCUUGAGCUUGUCUCAGUGUAACAGCAGUGUUAUCGGGCCACGUUGUUCAGCGAGGUAAGGACUUCUCCAGUUGCACCAGUGAUCACCAUGCCUCAGCAAAAGUCAGACAUGGGCUCUGCCUUCAUCCAGACGCAGCAGCUUAACGCUGCCAUGGCUGACACCUUCUUGGAACACAUGUGCCUGCUGGACAUUGACUCUGAACCCACCACUGCACGCAACACUGGCAUCAUCUGCACCAUUGGACCAGCCUCUCGUUCUGUGGAUAUGCUGAAGGAGAUGAUCAAGUCUGGAAUGAACAUUGCCCGCUUGAACUUCUCACAUGGCACACAUGAGUACCAUGCAGAGACCAUCAAGAACGUGCGUGAGGCAUGCGAGAGCUUCGAGCCUGGCAGUAUCCAGUACAGGCCCAUUGGCAUUGCCCUGGACACCAAGGGCCCAGAGAUCAGGACUGGCCUCAUCCAGGGAAGUGGCACAGCUGAGGUGGAGCUGCAGAAGGGCAACAUGAUCAAGAUCACUUUGGACGAUGCUUACCAGGAGAACUGCAGUGAUGAGAUCCUCUGGCUUGACUACAAGAACAUUACCAAAGUGGUGGAACUUGGCAGCAAGAUCUACAUUGAUGACGGACUCAUAUCCCUGCAGGUUAAGGAGAUUGGCUCUGAUUUCCUCAUGUGCGAGAUUGAGAACGGUGGCACCCUUGGCAGUAAGAAGGGAGUGAACCUCCCCGGUGCCGCCGUCGACCUGCCUGCUGUUUCAGACAAGGACGUCAAGGACCUGCAGUUUGGUGUGGCCCAGGGAGUCGACAUGGUCUUUGCCUCCUUCAUCCGCAAAGCAGCCGACGUCCACGCUGUCAGAGCAGUGCUGGGAGAGAAAGGCAAAGACAUUAAGAUCAUCAGCAAGCUGGAGAACCACGAGGGUGUACGCAGAUUUGAUGAGAUCAUGGAGGCCAGUGAUGGCAUCAUGGUUGCCCGUGGUGACUUGGGUAUUGAGAUCCCCACAGAAAAGGUCUUCCUUGCCCAAAAGAUGAUGAUUGGUCGCUGCAACAGAGCUGGCAAGCCAAUCACAUGCGCCACUCAGAUGUUGGAGAGCAUGAUCAAGAAGCCCAGGCCAACCCGCGCUGAGGGCAGUGACGUAGCCAACGCUGUGUUGGACGGCGCCGACUGCAUCAUGCUGAGCGGUGAGACCGCCAAGGGAGACUACCCUCUGGAGGCAGUACGCACGCAGCACAUGAUAGCACGAGAGGCCGAGGCGGCCACCUUCCACAGACAGCUGUUCGAGGAGCUUAGGAGACACUCCCAACUGACCAGAGACCCGUCGGAGGCUGUAGCUGUCGGAGCUGUAGAGUCAUCCUUCAAAUGCUGCGCUAGUGCCAUCAUUGUUCUCACCAAGACUGGGAGGUCCGCCCACCUGAUCUCCAGGUACAGGCCCCGUGCUCCCAUCCUGGCUGUGACCCGUAAUGCCCAGACAGCCCGCCAAGCUCACCUGUACCGUGGCAUCUUUCCCGUCCUCUACACCAAGCCUGCCAACGACGUGUGGGCAGAGGACGUCGACAUGCGUGUCAACUUUGCCAUGGAUAUGGGCAAAGCCCGGGGAUUCUUCAAGGAGGGAGAUGUUGUCAUCGUCUUGACCGGCUGGCGUCCAGGCUCCGGUUACACCAACACCAUGCGUGUUGUUCUGGUGGCCUGAACAGCCAACAGGGCUGCUCCGCUUUCUCCCUCCACUUUCCUCUAUCUUUCAUAGUUCUCCACCCCACACUCCACUCCAGCUGACAACCCUUCACAUCCAACGUCCAGGAUCACAGAUUCCACCCCUGAACAAUUUAUCAUUUAGGCAAUAAUGGAAAAAAAUUUAAAAAAUAGUCUAGCCUUCCGUACAAUUCCACUUUAUGUAUCCAUUCCAUUCUCCUCGAUUCUCUCAAUCAAACCAGUCUUCGGGGCCUCAGAUGAAAACACCCUAACCAGAAACUGCUGUAUUUAUUCACUCAAACAUUUGUACAAUUAAAAGCAAGUCCAAGAGUGAAUGCAUCCUGGUUUGUGUGCAUGUGCAAACUGGUUCUUGUUUAGGUGGGGUUGGUGAUGGGGCAGACUGAUCUUAACAGAGCACCUUGACUGCUGUAACAGUUUAUUAACCACACUCCUCCCCCGACUGAAAGAACAAACUUGUGGCAUCCUAAAAUCAAAGGGCUCCUCCUACAGUGCAGCCUCGGGUCCACCGCUCCACCAAAACAGAUCCUUUCUGUCUGUAUGAAGUGUCCUCUUUUAAAUGCCAGCUUUCACUGUAUUUAAGUGUAUCUGUAAGUGUUGCACUCCUAAUCUACUCCAGACAAUGUUACAUUCUAUAUUAUACUUGACUUUUGUGAAUGGUGAAGUUUUGUUUUGGGACAUCCAAUACUACUUAUAUUUUGUCUGACAAUAGAAAAAUGUUAGUUUUGGAUGUCCUCUCCAGAGGUGUUUGAGCUAGUUACUGUAUUGGUAUUAUUAGAUGUGUCAUAAAGCCUUUACAUUUCUUUGCAUUUAUAUCAUAUCUAAGUUGGCACUUAUGAAUCAUGUGGUUCACUAAAGUUGACUGAUAUGAAUGAGCACUUUUAGGGUUUUUUCACACGCAGGACUGAUAUAUGGAUAAAGCCCUGUCCCUGUCUUUCCCAGUGGGUGAUGGGUAGAACCCCUUUGCUAAUCUUUCUCCUUCUACGUCAGUGACCCACUGUAGCUGUCUUCAAGUGUCUGAUGUGCAUUUUGAUUGUAAUGCUAGAGUGUCAGAACUAACUAAAUGUAAAGGGGUAUUGUAGUGUUAAGCUGGUGUACUGAGCUGUCCUACAAGACUGGAUUUCCAUCAAUAAAAGAGAUGAGCACCUAUCUUAA